AUGGCGUUCAACUUCAACUGGUCGCCGCUCAUGGCGGACGCAAGUUUCUACACUCGUGCCCAAGAGCUUCUGACUGCCGCGCUCAAUAAAUCGCCUAAGCCGCCUAUUAUCGUUGAUGAUAUUAUCGUGACCGAGUUGAAUUUGGGCUCGAUCCCUCCCGAAUUGGAAAUUCUCGAGAUCGGCGAUUUGGCGGAGGAUCGCUUCCGAGGAAUCUUCAAGAUGUCAUACACCGGAGAUGCUUUUUUGACGCUCAAGACGAGAGUCCAGGCCAAUCCUCUCAACACCUAUCUCAUGACACGCCCGUCGUUUGCCUCACCACUACCAUUGGCUGCAGCUCUGACACUGGUCGUACAUUUAUCAAUGGGGGGGCGCCUCGCUUACUCGUUUCGUUUGGAAUGCCACAGAACUCCCCUUACUAUUCCCUUACAGAUCACCCUGUCCGAUUUCAAACUCUCCGGCUUUGUCAUAUUGGUCUUUUCGAAACAGAAAGGAAUCACCGUCGUCUUCCGAAAUGACCCGCUCGAAUCGCUCAAGGUCUCCUCGACGUUCGAUUCGAUCCCAUUCGUUCGUGACUUCUUACAACGGGAAAUUGAGGCACAACUCCGCAUACUGUUCAUGGACGAGCUGCCGGCUAUUAUCCAUCGCCUAUCGCUACGACUAUGGGUUCCGGAAUAUCGGGCGGAGGAGGAGAUGCAGAACCAGAUGAACACAACCCCCACCCCCACCGAAGGUCCCGGGCACGAUCCUCUUGCCAGUCCGCCGCAAGAUCCCGUGGAUUCAUCAGGCAACGCGUUGGACGAGUCGGAGAUUGCGUCAUUAUCGCUGGACUCGGCCGUCGAAACCCACUCGCUGUUCUCCCAGAAGAACCUCCUUCGUCUGGCGACCCUGACCGAUUCCCAGCGGACAUUGUCACUCUUUACCCCGUCGAUUCAUCAAGUCGUAUACCGUGCAUGGACAUCAUCCGAACAGAACGAUUUGUCUGCCAGUGUCAUGUCGCCAUUGAGCCCCGCUCUCUCCAGAACUCAGUCGCAGACAGGCAGCAUGUCUACUUUCAUGGAUAACGCUAGCACAAUAUCAGCCCAAAGCAGGACACCCACAGGACCCACCCAGUCGUUUAGCAGCUAUGGCUUGAGCUUGGGAGCCGGUCGCCAUUCCAAAGCACAUGCCAGAAGGCGGAAGAAGCGUGUGGUGGAUCUCCGUAGUCGCCCAACGACACCCGACGACUCCGCCAGCGUGAGCGUGAGCGAUGAAAGCACAUAUACAGAGAGUGUCGGUGCACCUUCGGUUAGUUCCGCUCCGCUACCGGCCGUCCAUGAACAACCCGACGACCCCGUUACCCCGCCAUUGUCGCCUGAGAGUGAUCAGCGACUCCCCGCGAUCCCCGAGAGACGUCGCCUGAGCCUGUCGCGCUCUUUGCCUCGCCGCGACAUCUCGAGUGAGAUCCUCCGUGAUCGAGCUGAGCCUUCUGAACCGAUUCGGAACACAUUCAAGACUGACGACGUGAAGACUGCCGGGGGAACUGUUCGCCCUCAUCCUGCACCCCUCCAUGAAGCUGGUCCCUCUUUGGGCCCCACACGACAACUGUCUGCGGCAAGCCUUUCCUUCCCACAUGAUAACCCGACCGGUAGCAGCAUUGUUGACCAAGUGUUGGUCGAGAAGCUGGCUGGUGAGAUUGCACGCCGUAUGCGCGACGAAAAGCUAAUGGCACCAAACUCUUGUGGUUCUUUCUGGGACCACCAACCGGAAGAAACACCACCACCGGCAUAUGGCCAAUGA